AUGCUGCUAAAGCAAGGAGCAAAUAUCAACGCCCAGAGUGGAGUCUACGGAAGUGCCCUCCGCGCUGCUUGUGCUAAAAGACAUGACAAGGUCGCACAGAUGCUGCUAGAGCGAGGAGCCGAUGUCAAUGACCAGAAUAGAUUCUAUGAAAAUGCACUUCAGGCUGCUUAUCGGAGAGGAUACCAUAAUACAGUACAAAUUCUCCAGGAACAACAAUGUGCUGAUCAAUCGACGUUCUAUCCUCCCCCUUACCAUGCUGAAAUCAAAUCUUCAAAGUCGCUCGCUCUCGAUUAUUUUUCUCUCUUAGAAGUGGUAUAA